UGUCGCCGCUUUUCUUCUACUUUUCGUUGAUGCUUUAGCGCGUUCGAAGCUCCAGCGGGAUGCUGAAGGACACUGAACGUGCUCAGAAUGAGCCAACACAGAAGCAACCGCAUUUGCUGUGUGCCGCAAUGCAAAAAUUAUGCGGUAGGUGAUGUGAGUCUACACUCGUUCCCCACGGCUGCGUCCAUGAGAAAGAAAUGGAUUAUUAAGCUGCGGAUCGGUAAAGCUGUUACCGAAGCGAUGAAGGUUUGCAGCGCGCACUUCACGCCGGAGGACUUUUUUUGGAAUACGACAGACCCAGCUGUUUGGACACCACGUCGGAAGCGCUUAAAAAAGACAGCAAUUCCAUCUAGGUGCCUUCCUGUCCGGGUGUUUGACGCUGUGGAUGAAGCUUCGAAGCAAGCAUCCCAUGAAAGAUCUUUGCGGGCAUCAGCAAGAUCAUGGGCAUCUGUGUGCAGAACCGAAAAUGGGCCGUCAAAUGUGCCUUUGGGGUCAUGUACAGCACAACAGCCGAACAUCGAAAGUUCGGAAAAUGUACCAACAGAGCUUGAAAGCAACCCAGUCACCGAGCUUGACCAAGGCGCCGCUAUAGCACUGCAAAGGCUUGGGACAACACUGAGUGAAGCUACAAGCCUCGAACGGUCUGCAUUGGAUGCACUCCUUGCCCUCAGUGAUAGGCGUUGUCGGUGUGUUGACAUUGGCAUUCAAGUCUGCACCGAUUCAUCACCAGCCAGAAGGAACACAUUGGUUGACUUUCUCUCGACAGAUGCUGCCAUAAAAGCCUUCACAGGUGUAGAAACUGCGGAAUUGUUAAUGUACUUGUCAGAGGCCGUUGCAAAACUUGACACACUCAGCACCGAGUGUAGUGUCUUAGAGCGCGUAAUACUUGUUCUUGCUCGCCUCAAGACGUUUUUAUCGUUUAAGUGCCUGGCGGUGUUGUUUGCAAUUUCCGAAGCAACUGUACACAGGUACUUUUAUGGCACUGUUCGCCCUUUGGCCGCUGUCCUCGAGGCAGCAGUUCCAUGGCCAACUGCUGAGGAGAUAAAAAAAAAAAUCAGCCGCAUUGCUUUGCAGCAUUCGGAGACGUCAGGGUUGUACUUGACUGUACAGAGGUGGAAGUUGAAAAAUCGCACUGUGCCUCAUGCCGUAUACUGACAUAUUCCCAUUAUAAGGGUGUCCACACAGUGAAAGUCCUAAUUGGCGUGUCCCCUGGUGCUCUCAUCACGUUUGUCAGCGACACUUUUGGUGGGCGGGCUUCUGAUAAGGCUUGUGUUAAUGUGUCUGGUGUUCUCGACCAGUUGCAGCCUUUUGAAGAUGACCUAAUGGUUGACAAGGGUUUCAACAUUGAUGACAGAUGCACCGAGCUUGGUGUUGGCGUGAUUCAGCCGCCCUUCUUGAGGAAACAAACACAGUUCUCCCAAGAAGGCGCCAUGAAGACUGUUCAGAUUGCAAGGGCCAGGGUCCAUGUAGAGAGGGCGAUACAGCGCAUGAAACUGUUUCGAAUUUUGAAGGAUCCAUUGCCAUGGGAAAUGUUAGCUGUGGCUGAUGAAGUGUUCAUCAUAAUUGCCGGGAUGGUAAAUUUGUCAGCCCCUAUAUUAGCUGAAAAAAGGUUCCAACUAUUUAAAGCUUAGACAGCAAAUAUCUUGUACAACCAAAAAUACAAUAUUUAUUUUUGUACAAUAAAAAA